GGGCUGGGAUGGGAGCCGUAGUCGAGCGCGGGCAGCCAAGUCGGGAAGGUUGUGUGGCAAAAGGCGCUCCCCUGAAUCUGUGAUAGAAAAAAAAAGAAAAACCCAAAUUCGAGUGCGAGAAUUCUGUGUCACUCCCCUUUCUGGCUUCUACGUUGCAACCAUGAACGGAGCUGAAGACAUUGACCUGAAUGACCCUGAGGUGCAGAAGGCAGCGACGAAGAUUCAGGCAGGAUUUCGAGGGCUGAAGGCGCGGAAGGAGAUCAGGGAACAGACAGCCACAGGACCACAGGACGUCAACGAUGACAUAGCUGAUAUUGACCUGACCGAUCCGGAUCUGACGGACGCAGCCCUCAAGAUCCAGGCUGGGUUCCGCGGAGCAAAGGUGCGCAAGAACAUGAAGAAGGAGGAAGAAGAAAAACUUAAUGAAAAAUUAGGCAACCUUAAUACGGAGGAAGAGGUGGACAUCGACCUUUCUGACCCUGAGCUGAACAAGGCAGCCACCAAAAUCCAAGCCACCUUCCGAGGUCACAGGCAGCGGGCGACUGUCAAUCACUGAUGACCCUAGGUCGCCCGCACCCAUCCCCGCAUAUAUAUUUUUUUUUCUUGUUUCAUCAUUUAACGUUAGUUUUACCAAAAUAAUAAUAAUAUUAAAUGACAACAAAAAAAUUACAUAUUAAAAAAAAUUCAUCACAAAAAAAAAAAAUUCCACAUGAUUGAACUUAAUCCCUCUCAAAGCCGAGUCAUAUGACGUCAUCACCAGCGUAGUCUAUUCACAAUAGCAACCAAAGGGAGGUCUAUUCGGACAAAGUGAAACGUAAACAAUGAUAGAUGAAAAGAAGAAGCAGAAGCAGCAGCCUCGGGCCAACUCAACCGCCGCUGCAGGCGCACCAGUAGGAUUGAUGAAUUGACUCAUGGAUUUAACCUUAAUAAAAAAUGGCGCCACCUUAAUUAGGGUCACUCACUGAUUCCGUGCGUCAGCGAGUUGAAAGGGAAUUGUGGGAAGAUUAGGCUGUAUGAGACUUGGCUUAGUGGCCGUUUUGUGAACACAAAACCACGCCUGAGUUCAUUCGACGAAUACAGACUGAACACAAAAUUGUAGCACAUUAGAGAAAUCGACGUUAAUGAAUUAAAUGUCUUAGUAACAUGCAUUUAAAUCACAUUAUAUUUCAUCCAACUGAGUUUGUGUUAUAGACAGCAAAUUGAUGGCUUUCACUCUCAACUACUUCAGGUUUGAUGCUUUUCAUUCUCGAUUAUGUUCAAAAUUGACGUAUUUCACUCAUAAAGACAGUCUAGACUGAACUAGAAGAGCUGAAUAAAGAAUUCUUUUACUAUAAACUUCGAAAUAAAAUGUGAAUAUAUUCCCUAUCCAUCCAAAAAUCAUUAUUAUAAGUCUUAUUUAAGAAAGACAUUCUGGCGUGGUCUGCGUUCCUGUCACAAGCGUCAUCAUCAAGAUUAGAAUAAAUAAAUAAAUAAAUAAAUAAAUAAAUAAAUAAAUAAAAGGUGGUUUGUAGACUUACAGAAGCCUGUCAGGGUAAACGUACAGAAAAUCAUUCUAGAAAAUAAAUAAAUAAAUAACAUUGGAGGGGCGUCUUCUUUCACAUAUAUAAAAAAAAGUCUUGUUUUGUUCUUGGUGGUUUAAACCUGUAAGCAAGACGGAUAUUCUUUUCCUCCUCCGCGAUGGUACCGACUAGGCUGAUGUUUUGGCAUGGUUGAGUUCAGUUUAAGCUUUCUAACCGAAACUGGCCUCCAAGGGGGCCACGUCUGAAAGAUAAUGCAUUAACGCAAAGUUUUAUUUCUUUCUCUAGUCGAAGGAUACAGCAUAAGUCAGUAGAAGGCCGUAGAUGGAUUCUCGUGGGAGGAUGAGUCUAAAAAGUAUAGACCUAAGAAGUCCGCUCCGGUUUAAGCCACACAAGAACGCACGCUCUGAUUUCAUAGUGUGUUAUUAUAAAGUGUUCUUUAGAGCAUCAUCUAUUUAACUUUUAGAUUUUAGCGAGAGUGUGGAUUGAUAGCUUUUUUAUGUUCUGUGAGUUUGCACACAGCUGCAGUAUGCGACACGGAAAGAGGAACCCAUUCGAAAGGUCUGUAGCUGAAACGGGCAGGUGGGUGGUUCGUCGAGUCCCAGGAAAGGAGAGGGGGAUGAACGAAAGUGAGGGCGAGGGUGAGACCGUGAGGGAGAAAAGGAGGGGGAGGGCUGGCCAGUGGAACUGGGGAAGGGGGAGGGAAGCAUUUCACAAGUUUUCACUCUUCACGUAGUGACGUCAGAAGUAAUGCCAAAGGAGAAACGUCCCCCCCAACCCUCUCUCCCUAUCUUCGUCCUUUUCAGUAGUCUCGCGGCUUCUUAACGACGUAAGCUAAGAAGAAGAGCUAUAUAUAAUGUAUGUAUAGACACUUUCAGUAGCUAUUUUCACCGUACAUGUAAAUGCGUGAACGACUAUGCGCUGGUGUAUAUCAUUUUCCACUCUUUAUCCACUAAGGAAAGUACCCGACAUUGAACCAGAGUGCGCUAAUGGGCGGCAGAAAAGAUAUAGAUGGAAUCUGCAACAUAUGGUAAGGAUACCGUUCAGCUGGAGGCCAUACUUAUGAAUCUACAGAGGAGGUUUGAUGAUGAAGUUUCCAAGGAUUUCCUUCAACCGCCACUGAAGAAAUAGUCCUAGGACUGAUAUUUGUCAUAGGACAAGCCUGGUUUCCUGUUCUCCACUAGACUUAUAAAAACAUCCUUAAAGGUGGUUUGGGCAUCCCUGGAAGACGAUCGUAACUGUCCCAUUGGUGGUGAAGAUAUAUGUGUCUGUAUAACUAAGAUGUAAUAAGUAUAACAUGAAAAAGGAAUUUUAUUUCACUAAACAAACAGUCCUAGGACUAGAGUCAGUUUUCCCGUUCGCCACUAGACCUUUAAAGACAUACUUAAAACUGGUUUAGGUAUUCCUGAAAGAAGAUCGUAACUGUCCCAUUGGUGGCGAAGACAUUUUUAUCAUCAUAACUACGAGUUAGUCACUAUAAUACGAAAAAGGGAUUUGAUUUCUCUAAAAAACAAAAUUGUUCGCCACUAGAUCUAAAAGGAAAACAAUAUACUUAAAAGUGGUUUAGGUAUUUCUGAAAGAAGAUCGCAACUGUCCCAUUGGUGGCGAAGUAAUAAUCAUAACAUGAAUAAAGGAUCUGAUUUAGUAGGAGAGGAGCGUGUGGUGGGAGGAGAUACCUGGAAACUUCUGCAGAGAUGCGCGCGAGUGUCUGUAGAGACAAUCAUUUACCAGAAGCCAACUACAAGAAGACUCGGGCGAGACACUUCUUCAACUUUCCUCAAAAUGGGUAUUCUGUCGAAUAACAUUCGAAUCUUAAACUCUAAUAAUAAUAAUAAUGAUAAUAAUAAUAAUAAUAAUGCUUAGGAAUCAAGCAAAUUUUUGAUUAGGAUGGCAGGUCUUGUUGUAGUAGCACAUCUGGACCACAAUAAUAAUGAUCUUAAGUAAUAAACUUCGUUUUAUCUUAAUGUUACGUAAUUGCCAAUAAUCCAUUGGUCUGUGAAGCCUGUGCAUGCGUCGAAAGCAACCGUGGAAUCCCCCCCCCCCCCCUACGCAUUAUUACAAAUAAAGCUUUUUUAGGUCUAAAAAGACGGAAAAAAUAAGAAAAAAGAGGCAAUAAUUUAGCAAAGUAAGUAACAAGAGUUGUUCGCUACAGCAAAUAAGAUUAAAUGCAUAUGUAAUUUACAGUUUUCCAGCCCAAGUUGUUUUUAUUUUUUCUCUCUCUCUUUCUCUAGUGAUAAUGAUGUUCCAUUUAUUCCUUUCGAGGCCUCUCCCUACAGCAGGAGGAGGAUGAUCAUCGUCAGCUCAGCGCCUCUCCGAGAAUUUCCUUCCUGGGUCUGGCCGCUUCCUCGUACUUCCCGGUCGAAGAGGCUCUCUGGAAUAUCUCGCUCUCUCUCUCUCCACACUAGUCAUAUCCUGAACUUUGCUGCUGGUUCAGGUGAGCUUUUGGUUACCCACACACACGGGACAAUUUUAGUGGAAAGUGACUGGCCAAUUAGGUGGCUGCCCAUUAAGUGGCCGGCCACUAAAACAGUAAGAUGGAACAUACGUUUGUAUGGAAGACCACAAACGAGCUACUAAAAGUGGAUGGCACAAAAGAGUGGAUGUGAAGUGGCUACCAGGUCUAUUUCUUGGCCACACCACUGUAAUAUCAGCUUGCCACAAGUGUCUGACCACUUAGUGUCCAGCCACUUUCCACUAAAAGUGUCCCUUGUGCAGGAAGCCUUUGGGUCCCGGUGGUCCAGCUCACCCAUUGGGACUCCCUGAUUCACUCGCAGGACCUUCCUCCUGUCGAACUAGACUCCUGGAAACUUCGCUGAAGUUAACUCAUUUUCGGGGAAGCCCUUUGGCUUAUGACUCAUCCUAAGAGCCUCUCAGAACGGUCAGUACUUGGGAGAGCUAGGCCCAGGUCGCUUUUCAAUGAUCCCUGGCUACGGCCGUCUCGUCUGAUAUUCCGCCUAACCUAGGAUUUACUGGUCCACAUUUACUAGAGGACUACCCGGGUCCAAGUCAUUCCUUAAAUUCUGCCACUGGUCCAAAAGCCUCUCCUCCUGAGUUCAAAAUCAGCUCAUGGAAGGCAGCUGGCCCAGAAGGCAGCAGGAAUGGAACCCUGCCCCGGGCACUCCUCCCCGCAGGACCUAGUUCAAGUCAGUGCUGUAAACUCCUCUCUCUCCUUGAGACCUCUCAAUAUUUCUGUGUCUGUGAUUUUUGGAGCUUUUUCUCACUUUCUAUAGGAUAUAGAACUAAACUAUCUGUUAUUGAUGCAAAUAAAACAUAAAAUAAUGAUGAGGUAAACGAAUUUUUUUCGUGGGAGAGAAAAAAAACACGUGCUGUUGAGGCCACUUAGAUCGGUUGGUUGGUUGUCGUUAUAUCGUUUAUCAGAAUACUUUUAUCAAAACGAAAAAUAUAAAUCAUCAUCGUCAAUCAAGUUUUUUCUUAGGAUAUCAAAAUAUAUAUUGUAUGUUUUAGUCAUGGUUAAUAUAAAAUGUUGCAUGGUUACAGUCUGUCUUCAACAGUCAACCAAAGAUACCACAAGCAAACAAUCCGCUGUACAGUAUUGACAAAAUUUGUGGAUGAUAAAAGAUAAAUAAAUUAUUGUUAACUGUUUUUAAAAGAGAUAAAUAAAUGAAGACAUUCUAAACCUGUUUCUUAAGAGUUUAAUCUAUCACUGUAUAUCGUUUAAUAAAUAUAUAUCCUUUAA